GAAAGCCUUUUUGCCUAUGGUGAAAGCAAGGCGUGAAUGUGGCGGUUAGGUUGGGCUAUGGUGAGUGCACGGCACAUGUUUGAUUCAGGGCUUCAAUGAAAAGAAAAAGAUAACAUGUUGGAAAGAAGAUGACAAAAUGAUCCAUGCCGGAGUCACGAGCCACUUAACUGUUUCUCUCCUAUUCUUGCUAAUUAAUGCCAAGAAAAAGUGCUCUCAUUGCCACCAGCAAGCCUAAUUACCAAAUCAGCCAAUAAAGCUGUUCUAUUUCUCUCUCUUGUUUCUCUAAAUAGCUGAUUAAUGAUUAUUAGUGCUUAAAAAGUUGAGGCGCUUUAUCCCUUUUAAGUUUUACCUACGCCGUAAAAAUAAUGGGCACCAUUUAAAUAAAGAAGUUCAUCACUUACGUAGCAGCAGGAGAACCCUGUUUAGGCUUAAACCCAAAAAGAAUUACCCUGUUUUGGCGAGCUUAUGGCUUCAGCUGCUGCUUCUUGCGCUCUGCGAAUCUUCUUCUCAUUCCUCCUACUGGAAUUGGCCUGUUCAUUGAAAUGGGAAGGCGUUGCGGAGGUAAGCAUGGUGAAAGUGGGAAACUUCUCGAAGGUGGAAGAUGCUGUGAACUUCCAUAUAUACUAUGGCGAGACCUUCAAAGUCAUAAAGAAUGCUCUUGAUGCCCACAGCUACCUUCUUCUCCAGAAUAAUACAAGAAUGGCAUCAAGAACCAAGUAUUGCACAUCAAGAAUCAAAUCAUUUGUAAUUCCAUUGUCAAACUAUUCAGUUGACACUGAUUCAUUUCCAGUUUCCUUCUUAGAGCUUCUAGGUUUGCUAGGGAGCUUGAAAGGCAUAACAUCAGACUCGGUGGCUUCUCAAUGCGUUCUGAAAUUAUACCAAGAUGGUCAAAUAGAAAUGUUCAACAAGACUGAUGAAGAAAAGCUUGCACAGUUUUCAGCUCAUUUCUCUAGUGAUGCUGAUCAACAACCAUUAUGCAAUUUUGUGACUUUUGUCCCUUUUUCAGAGGACGCUCCUUUGCAGAGGGCAGAAUGGAUCAAAUUCAUGGGAGCAUAUGCAAAUGAAGAAGUUAGAGCCAAUCAAGUGUAUUCAAAGAUUAAGGAGAACUAUCAGUGCUUGGCUAACAUAAAAAACAAUCGAACUUCCUUUAAACCAAUCGUAGCAUGGAUGAAGUAUUCUGAUGGCGCUUGGGUUUUUUCAAAGAACGCAUAUAAGAUGAAGUACAUGGAAGAUGCAGGUGGAGAAAAGCUUAAUGCAAACAAGAAUUCUUAUAAUGUCUCUGAUCCUGAUGAUCUGGAGGAACUGCAUGCCAUCUUAUGUACUGUGGAAGUGGUAAUUGACGAAACAUUAACUUUUGAUCCAUUCAACUAUAAUGUAUCAGCAUUUCUCCAAAAUUUGAAAGUUGAAGACCAUUCCUGUUUCUCCUUUCUCUCAAAUACAAGCUUAUGGAGAUAUGACAAAAGGAUUCAGAAUAGUACAACUCUUGACUGGUUCAAUGGGGCAGUCUCUCAACCUCAGUUGGUACUAGCCGAUCUUAUUGAAGUUUUAUUUCCCACUGGAAAUUACAACACAACAUACUUCAGGAAUAUUGCAAAGGGAGAAGAACCUUCAGAUAUUGGUUCUGAAACGUGUGAGAGGGAUCCAUCCACUGCAAUGGAGCCUCAAAUAGUAGCCUGCGGUUGACUGUGUUUCUGCUUCAAAUAUAGGUCUUUUUGGUUUAAUACUAUUCUUUUUCAAAUUCGAUUUGCCAUUUUUUUUUUUGCCAGCCGAUUUGCAAACUAUAUGAUCUAUACCCUUUUUUGUUAAUGUUAUUAUUUGCACUUAUAACAGAAUAUGCCGAGAAUGUGACAUUGUUUCCUCAAUCACAUGACAAUAGUGAACUAUUUUUCUAUCCUUCGCUAUAAAAGUCACGAUGUUUUUUAA